AUGCUGGGAAAAGGAGGUACUUCAAGUGUUUACAGAGGGUACCUAAGCAAUUCUGGUAAGAUGGUUGCUGUCAAGAGAAUCUGCAGCAGACACAAGUAUGCCACAGAAGUUUUCACAACAGAAUUGAAAAUUAUGAUCUUGUUGGAUUGCACGAGUAUCGUCCCAUUGAUCGGUUGGAGUAAUGAUCAAGAUGAGUACUUAAUUGUCUAUGAUUACAUGCCUAACGGAGGCCUAGACAAGCAUCUUUUCGGAAAUGGCAUGCAUCUUCCAUGGAAUGUGAGAUUAAACAUAGUUCUUAAUCUGGCAUUUGCUUUGCUUUAUCUUCAUGAAGAAUCUGGGCAUUGUAUAUUACAUAGAGAUAUCAAGUCAGCUAAUGUGAUGCUAGACUUGAAUUUCAAUGCCAAGCUGGGCGAUUUCGGGGUAUCUAUGUUUUUAGACCCUAAUUUGAGCCAUCAAACCACAAAGGUUGUUGGAACUUUUGGCUAUAUAGCACCUGAAUAUUACCAGCUAUGCAGGGCUAGUAAAGCAUCCGAUAUCUAUAGCUUUGGAAUUGUACUCUUGGAAGUUGCUACUGGAAAGAGGAAGUGUAGAGAUGAGGACUCUCAUAUGGGUCUUGUUGAGUGGGUUUGGAAUCUAUAUGGAGCUGGGAAGAUUGUUGAUGCAGCUGAUGAGAGAUUAGGAAUGGAUUUUGAUGUGCAGGAGCUGGAAUGCUUGUUGAUUCUUGGAUUGUGGUGUGCUCAUCCAGUUGAUAAACAAAGGCCAUCAGCCAGACAAGCUUUUCAGGUGCUGAAAUUUGAAGCACAAUUGCCCCAACUUCCAGAAGAGAUGCCUAGUCUCAUGUAUGCUAAAACAGCACCAUCACCUGUUUACUCAGACCCACCUUCUAUCACCUUCAGUCUUCAGAGUGGUCGCUAG